AUGUUUUGUCAAGAUCUUGAUCAAGCAUAUACAAUGGGUUACUUGGAAAAUGAUGAUAAUACAACUUUACGUUAUCUUGAUUAUGCUGUGGCUGAACAACAAAUGUCGAUGACGGUUACCAAUGUUUUUUGGCUUAAUGCUCUUCAUAAUUGUCGUGGAACUUCAAUUUCAUUUCAAUUUGACAAUGAUCUUUUAAAAGCAUUUCUAACUUAUGCUUCAACAUAUAAUAUUAAACUUGAAUAUUUAACACUUGCUUCUUAUUAUACAUUCUUAUUUAAAUUAGUCAAUAAUGAAAAUGAUAUAUGUAUUGUUAUGAAUAAUCAUGGUCGUUCGAAACCUGAAUUAAUGUCAAUUAUUGGAAUAUUUGUUAAAGCACUUCCACUGCGGUGUCAAAUUAAUUCUAAUCAUUCAUUUGAUGAAUUUGUAAAACAUGUAGAUACAAUAGCAACACAAACUUUCGAACAUUCUUGUUCAACAUCCACAUAUUUCUCGUGCCACAUUUUUUAA